UAGCUUUGAACACUUCUCAGAUCAAAAUUAAAAAUGUCUAAAGGCUGCCAACAACAGUCCAUAGAAAACGGUAUUCGUGAAAAUGGGGACAACCAUAGAAGGCUCAACAAGUAUGCCUUUGCCUCUGUGUUAGCUGCCUCUAUUGUCUCUUCUAUAUUUGGUUAUGUGACAGCAGUGAUGAGUGGAGCACUGAUAUUCAUACAGGAAGAUCUUCAAAGCAGUGACCUAGAAAUCCAACUCCUCGUAGGCAUGUCCCAUUUGUGCGCCCUACCAGCAAGCUUAGUCGCAGGAAGCACAUCUGAUUACUUAGGUCGCCGCUACACCAUCAUUCUAGCCUCUAUCGCCUUCUUAUUGGGCUCUGCCCUAAUGGGCUACGGCCCAUCCUAUCCAAUCUUAAUGAUCGGAAACUGCAUUGUUGGAGUCGGUGUGGCUUUUGCACUCGUAGUAGCACCCGUUUACAGCACCGAGAUUUCACCUCCUUCUUCCAGAGGCUUCUUCACCUCUCUCCCAACUCUUUCCCUCAACUCAGGGUUCUUGCUCGGCUAUGUCUUAAACUAUUUCUUCGAGAAACUACCACUGAGGCUUGGAUGGAGAAUGAUGGUGGCUGUUCCCACAGUUCCUUCACUUGCCCUAAUCAUUCUCAUGCUGAAGUUGGUGGAGUCGCCAAGGUGGUUGGUCAUGCAAGGACGUAUAGGUGAUGCAAGGAAAGUGCUUUUGCUAGUUUCUAACACUAAGGAAGAAGCUGAAAAACGGUUGAGGGAAAUAAAAGGUGUUGUUGGAAUAGAUGAAAACUGUGCCCUAGACAUUGUUCAAGUUCCAAAGAAAACCAGUAGCGGUAAAGGGGCUUUGAAGGAGUUGUUUUGUGACGCUUCACCUCCUGUUCGUAGGAUACUAACUGCAGCGAUUGGACUUCAUUUGUUCCUAAGGCUUGGUGGAAGUGCUGCUAUUUUGUUGUACAGUCCUAGGGUUUUUGAGAGAACGGGAAUCACUAACAAGAGCAAGCUCAUGCUAGCCACUGUUGGCAUUGGAGUGAGCAAAGUUGUGUUUUCCUUCAUAUCGAUCUUCUUGUCGGAUAAACUUGGGAGGAGGAUUCUCUUGUUGGUUAGUGCAUGUGGUUUGGUUGUGACCAUGUUAGGGUUGGGUGUUUUCUUGACCAUAGUGGAGCAUUCCAAAGAAAAACUGUUUUGGGCGUCAAGCGUUGUUGUUGUUGUUACCUACACCUUUGUGGCUUUUAUGGCUAUUGGAGUGGCACCUGUGACGUGGGUUUAUAGCUCUGAGAUACUUCCCCUUAGGUUUAGAGCACAAGGCCUUGGUGUCUGUGUAGUUGUCAAUAGAAUUACGACUGUGGCAGUGGUUACAAGUUUCAUUUCGAUUUACAAAGCGAUAACUAUGGGUGGCAUUUUCUUUUUGUUUACCGGUGUUAAUGUUUUGGCUUUGUGGUUCUACUAUUCCUUUUUGCCCGAAACUAAAGGAAGAUCGUUAGAAGAUAUGGUGAGUAUCUUUGGAGGAAAUUCUAAAUAAGUAAGAGAUACAGUAAUGAACCCUGUGUGCAACAAUAUAGGUAGUUUUUAAGGGUAGUGUUAUAUAUAUAUAUAUAUACGAGAAUCAUGAGCGUUCAACAAAGAAUGAUUAUUGUUAUCUUUUAUAUUAAGAGUAUUUUAUUAUAAGUUA